UACAACGUUGAGAUUAUAGAAAAGAGAAAAAAUAUGAAUGAAGCAGAACUUGUGGAUAAGAUUUGUUCUGAAGUGAAAAAGGUCUUGAAAUCAGACCACCUCAAAAUUAAAGUGGAGAGUAUGGUGGAUGUUGCAUCUCAGUUGUCUAUCCCAGUGGAUGAAAAAUGCAGUCCUUGUGACACAGCAAAGGAUAGAGCAGCCAGAGUAACAGAGAACAUCAAACUACCUUUACAAGGGACAACUUGGAAGGAACUCACUAGACUGGAAAAAGAACAAUGCAUACUUAAAUUAGCAGGAGAUGAAAAACAUGAAAGCGAUAAGACUGAACAAAGGAGGGAACAGGUGACAAUUGGCAUGAGUGACAGCGUCAAAUGGUUCAUUGAGGGUUUGAAAAGUCCAGAAGAUGAACGAUCUUAUUUCCUCAAGUGGAUGAAGAUCAUCCUGGACAACAUAUCAAGAGCAAAACAUUCUAAACUUAUGAAGAGAGACCAAAGACAGGCAUUUCCUGAGGGUCACCCUGACACCAACAUGAAGGAACUUGUUGACAGAUCCUUGGGAACAGAACACUUCCUGAGAGAAGUUGGUCAGCUGUAUGAAGCAUCUAUGUGUGUUCCUGAAACCACUGACCUUAAACAUCAACUUCAAGAACUGCCAACAAUCUGUGCUGAGUUAAUGUUGGCUGGCUUUCCAUUGGAACUCAUGGAUGGGGAUGUGUCUAACAUCCCAAUGAGGUGGGUAACCGAUGUCCUGAAAGAACUUGACUCUCUCAUCCAACUCAAUAACAAGAUUCGAGUGGUUACAAUUCUAGGGUCCCAAAGCUCAGGGAAGUCCACUCUCCUCAACACCAUGUUUGGAGUUCAGUUUGCUGUCAGCAGUGGAAGAUGCACCCGAGGUGCCUUCAUGCAGCUCAUCAAGGUCAAACAUGAGUUCAGAGAUGUGAUCAAAUGUGACUUCCUAAUGAUCAUCGAUACAGAGGGUUUGAAGGCUGCACAGUUGUUAGACUUAACUGACAACUAUAAACACGAUAAUGAGCUGGCCACGUUUGUGGUAGGACUGAGGUUUGAUAUGAUAUUGCUGAGUUGAAAAUAUUGGACUGUAUUUAACCCAGAGUGAGAAUUUUGUUUUGUUUGAGUAUAUUUGAUAAGAAUUACAGAAUACAGCGGA